GGUGCACACGUGAUGUUAAAGCGUCGGUGCUCCGUCACAUCAGUGCGGGCGAUGUAGUGGGCGGCGCGCACGAUCUCAACGUCCAGUUGGCGAAGGAAGUACGUCACACCCACAGCCGCCACCACAGCGAUGAUCUUGAGCACCCAUCCGAACGAUCCCGUAGCUGGGGGAGCGGGCUCCUCCUGCUUCUUGGCGUCGGUCUUCGUGUCCACGACCUCUUUUGUCGUGGCUGUGGUGGCCGACUUGACCUUCUUGGCGUUCUUGCGGGCCAUCGCGACGAUGAUGAACUGCGGACGCGCAAAACUUGACAAGUGGCUAAAAGGGGAAUAUUCGGUUGAAUCAAGGGUGGGAUUUGCAAUUUGAAGGAUUAGAGUUUGGCUCCAUUUGUGCCAAAAAAUGAGUACACGGACGACGGAGGUGAAGGCAGCGGAAGCGCGGCUCGCGCUGCACCGCGACGAUGCGGUUCAUGCUAAAGCUCAGUUGUCGGAGUCUCUGAAUGCGCUAAAGGAAGCACAGAGUCAGUUGCUGGUGAAGAGGCUGGACGAGGCGAUUAGGGAGCAGCGCAACGUGGAGCAGGAGGCGCUCGCGUACUCGAAGAACGUCAACAGGCUGUACCAACGCGCAGCCAAGUGGAAAGCUGAUCAGAAGCGCUUUCGAUCGAGUUUAGACGGACUGGAUCGGUUUGCUGAGUGGGCAGCCGCUGCCGAGAACGAUUUACACGCUAUUGCUGGGAAUUUGGAGUACGUGUGGUCGGUGCUGGAGAAGGAGCAAGAAGCCACAGCCAACGGCGGAUACGCCCGGGCAUACGAGUCCACGUAAAGUGCUUCGAGUUAGCUUGGCGCUGCUACAUGGAUACACUAUCGGUAUAAAUGCUUUGAACCGUGCAUUAAUAAGGUGGAGAUAUUUAA